AUGAAACUCAAGGAAAUACACAGGACUUCGACCUUCGCAUGGUCGCCCACCCCAUCGUUGCCGUCGCUGGCGACCGGUACUGUCGCGGGGGCACUCGAUGAAUCCUUCAGCAAUAACGGGCAGCUCGAAAUAUGGGCCCCGGACUUCCUCGACCGGAAACAAUUCGAUCUCGGCGGCGAAGGCCAGGCAGGCCCCAAAGGCACUGUUACGACUACUUCACGAUUCAACCGCCUGGCGUGGGGGUACGUCAAUGCGGAACGUCCCCGCGGUCUCAUCGUCGCGGGAAUGGAAAACGGAGAGUUGGAUAUCUGGGAUCCGGAGAAGAUUGUUGCGAAUGCGGAGCCUGCCGAAUCGCUUAUCCUUCGCAACAAGACACAUACCGGACCCGUGCGUGGACUGGACUUCAAUCCCAUCCAAACCAACCUGUUCUCGUCAGGUGCAGUGAACGGCGAGAUCUACGUCUGGGAUCUCAAGGACCCCAGCAAGCCUUACUCUCCUGGCACGCGUAGUACGAAGCUCGAUGAGAUCACCGCGCUAGCGUGGAAUCACCACGUCCAGUAUGCGCUCGCAGCAGCUAGCAGCUCUGGAUACACGGUUGUCUGGGAUCUCAGAGGAAAGCGUGAGGUUGCGGCAUUGGCUUACGGUGGUGGAGCGGGGACCAUGGGCGGGAUUCAAGGAUUUGGAGGGCCUGGUAUGGCAAUAGGUGGACGAAGAGGAAUGAGCGAUGUGGCAUGGCACCCGGACAACGCUACCCGUCUUGUGACAUCUUCUGAAGACGAUGCAUCUCCCGUGAUCAUGGUCUGGGAUCUCCGCAAUGCGCGUGCCCCAGAGAAGAUCCUGACUGGCCACGAGAAAGGCGUCCUAUCGUUGUCAUGGUGCAAGCAAGAUUCAGAUCUCUUGCUUUCGUGUGGUAAGGACAACCGCGCCCUGUGCUGGAACCCACAGACGUCGGAGAUCAUCGGCGAGCUUCCCUCUGCAGACAAUUGGGCAUUCCAGGUCCAAUGGUGCCCGCGCAACCCCGAUCUCUUCGCCGCCGCGUUCUUCGACGGCACCAUUGGUAUUCACUCCAUCCAGUCCACCAACGAGGCCAACGAUGUACCCCCAGCGACCCCACAACCCGAUGCCUCUGACAUCUUCGGUGCGCCCGGCUUCUCCCGCGCGAGCCAGGCAACGCUAUCACUGAAGCAUCCUCCAAAGUGGCUUCGUCGUCCCACUUCGAGCUCCUUCGGCUACGGCGGCAAGCUUGUCACUGUAUCAAACCUGCCCUCAGCACAGGGCAAAAAUCAGAGCAGCGUCGUCCACCUGCGCAAGGUCGUCACCGAGACUACAAUCGCUGAGCGGGCACAAAAGCUGCAGCAGUCGAUAGAAGGCGGGGGUCUCAAGGACCUCGCGCAGGAGAAUACCGCUGCGGACGAGACGUCGGCGACAUGGAAGGCUCUGCUGAGCCUGUUCAACUCGAACUCGAGGGACGAGCUCAUCACGCUCCUUGGGUUUUCGAAGGAGGAGAUCGCUGCACGCGUCGGGGAGGCUGUCGCGAAUCUGAAGAAGGCGGCGGAGAAGGCGAAAGUCACAAUCGAGCAAGACGUCACGGAGACCGAUCUCAAGACUCACGAGCCUGUUGUCUCCUUCGCCGAGCCCGAGCGCGAAGCCACGCCCGAAGACGAGGAGGGCGACGGUGAUACGGACGAGACGGCGUUGGGCGCCGAGGCAACCCCGUCCGAGCUCAGCGCGUCCGAGACGAGUACAACCCGCCAAGCCGACGGCGAGUCAACCACAACCGCGCCCAGCUUAUUCGGAGACGACAACCUGAUUGGUACGCCGCAGGGCGACGCUGCCGCCGACUUCUUCGGAAGCAUCGGUACGGCACGCAGCGCUGAGGACGACAACAUACGCGUGCCUCAUCACAAUUACCCGCUGGACUCGUCCGUCGCGGCUACGAUUGGUUCGCGACCCUCCUCUGUCGCUUCGGAAACGCUCAAGGACAACACGUUCAGGAUCUACCCAAACGACGAAUCCGAGACCGACCGCCUUGUCACGAAAGCUCUUGUCCUCGGAGACUUCGAGUCCGCCGUCUCGCUAUGCCUCUCUGCGGAUCGCUUCGCGGACGCGAUCCUGCUCGCAGUCAAGGGCGGCCAAGACUUGCUUGCGCGCACGCAGAAGGCGUACUUCGAGCGCCGCACGACUGCGUUCCCGUACCUCCGUUUGUUCCAGUCGAUCGUGACGAACGACCUCGACGACAUUGUGCAGAACGCGGACCUGCAGGAAUGGCAGGAGAUUUUUGUUGUGUUGUGCACAUUCGCGAACCAGGAAGAGUUCUCUGGCUUGGCGGAGCAGCUUGGGCAGCGGCUUGAGUUCCAAUCGAACGUCAUCAAGGCAUCGGGCGCACCGGAUGCGGAGGCGAAGAGCGUAGAGUUGAGGAGGCACGCGACACUGACAUAUCUUGCUGCGGGGCGGUUGGAGCGGCUUGUGAACAUCUGGAUCGAGGAGCUUGCGGAGGAGGAGAAGCGACUCGUUGCGGACCAGGACCACCUGGAUGGAUCAUUGUACACUGCGCACGCGCUUGCACUGCAGACCUUCAUCGAGAAGGUCACUGUGUUCCGCAAGGCGAUCAACUACGUCGACGAGGACUUGAACCUGAAGACGGAGGUCGACGACUCAACGGUUCGGACGUACAAGCUGUCCGGGCUGUACGACAGGUACUUCGAGUACGCGGACUUGCUCGCGGCGCAGGCGCUCGUAAAGGAGGCCGUUGCUUUCCUGAAGCUGGUACCGUCAGAGUACGUCGGUGCAGCGGGUUCCCCAUACGACUUCACGAUUGGUCGGGACCGUCUCCUCAAGGCCGCGAACGAAGUCCCUACUCGCACUACGUCUCUCGCCACUGCUGGCCCUGCCGUUCCCACUAAAGUUGCUCCCGCUGCAGCUCCUCGUGUUCCCUACGGCGGUGGAUAUGGUGCCCAGUACGGUGUGGCAGCACAACCCGUGCUCACCCAACCCGCACCUGCACCGUCGGUCUACGAUUCGUACGCGCCACAGGUACAAGCUGUGUCGUCCCAGAACGCCGGACCAUAUGCUCCACCGCAGCCUGCCGUGCAGCCUCAGCCGACCUACCAGCCGGCAGGCUCUGGCACGUACAACAGCUACUAUGGUGGUGCUGCUCCUGGUCAUGUUCAGCUACAGCCUCAGCAGGCUACCAUUCCUCCGCCGCCUGCUCGUGGUGCAACUGCGACCCCCUCGGCAUCGCUUCCCCCGCCUCCUAAGCGCGACCCUGGUGGCUGGAACGAUGCACCUGCCGCUAUUGGUGGAGCGCGACGCACUCCGGCCAAUGCGAACCCUGCGAAGCCCGCCGCGAUCACGUCUCCCUUCCCCAACGCGCCCUCUCCGACGAUCUCCGGGUUUCAAUCGCCUCCUCCACCUGGUGCCAACCUGCCGCCUCCGCCGCGCCCAGGGAGUGUCACGCAACGUCCUCCUCCCCCUCCUCAAGGUCUACGCGGGCCUCCUCCCGGCCCUCCGGGUCCUGGACCUUAUCCCCCUCAUGCCCGUCCUCCUUCAGGUCCUCCGGGUCCUCCUGUGGGUCCUCCUCAAACGCACAUCGCCCCUCCUCCUCAACGUUUGCCCUCUGGUGCCCCUCAAGGCCCUCCUGUCAUCAACCGCGGACCCCCAGGCCCCUACGGCGUACCGCCCCAAGGGCCCAUUCCUCGUCAGACUCCACCUCCCCCACAGCAUGCUCAGUACCCACCUCCAGGCGGACCCUCCGGCUCAUAUGCGCCGCCCCCGGGCGCGGGCCCCGCACCUCCCUCAGGACCGUACGCUGCCCCUCCCCAACAGCAGCCUCCGCCCUCCGGUCCGUACGCGCCCCCACCGCAAGUGCAGCAGCACUUCGCUCAGCCGCCUGGGCCCGGCGUGCACCCUCCCCCACCGGGUGGUGCGCCGCCUCUCGCGGGUCCACCGAGAGGUGUGACGCCUGGCGGUACGCCGGCGCCGCCACGCGCGAAGCCUGGUCCUCCACCACCGAAAUACCCGCCUGGUGACCGGAGCCACAUACCUGACGAACUCCGUCCCGCGUACCAGGUGAUCACGUCGCAACUCGAGCAGCUGAAGCAAGUCACGCCGCCACAGCAGAAGCGACUUGUGGACGACCUCGAGCGAAGGAUCAACCCCCUGUUCGAUGCGUUGAACUGCGAGACCCUGUCAAGGCCGGUGUGCGAGCAGCUCCUGGUGCUGACUAGGGCUAUGGAAGCCCAUGAUCGCGACGCAGCGCUAGCGAUUCAUAUGGACCUUUUGACACGUGGCUCGCUCACGGAUGACAUCGGCUUGUGGAUGUCCGGUAUCAAGCAGCUCAUUGUCAGGUUGUAGGGAAAUAGGCAGCCGUAUGGCGAUACCUGAACGGGGCAAGGGAUAGGCGGUAAUUUAUGCCAUUCACAACGACGACAAAAGAGACGAUGUUGGGAGACGGAGAGUAAUGCAUGGAUGGACUGAUUUGGUGGAGCAGCGUCGUCUCACUGUUCAUCACGACUGUCUAUAGAUAAUGUCGGUUACUUCUCAGAGUCGCCAUCGAAUCUGCCCUCAAUCUUCGACUUGUCGGUGGCCUGCCUGUGUCCUCUCACUGUCUAUACCCGUGCAUACUGAGAGAGUGAUAUUGAAGUGCUUAUCCG